AUGUCGUGGUGUCAGGAAAAUGUGUCAGAUGUGUUCAGCCUUGGAUAUGGGUAUGGGUAUGCAUAUGGGAACGGUUAUGGGUACGGGUAUGGAUGCGAGCAGGAGCAGGAGCAGGAGCAGGAGCAGGGGAGUGGUCGUCAGGCUGAGUAUGGAGUAGUGGAGCCUGGUGUGGUACUGGAGACGGAAUUUUCGUAUACUACACUGGGAGGACUGGACUUUGGGCUUGGCGAUGAGGAAGUAGGUAGUAGUAGUAGUAGUAGUGGUGGUGUUAGUGGGAGCAGUUUCAGCGAGCCAUCGCCUGCUCCAAUUCCAAGACAAAGACGGUAUUCGAAACCGCAGCAGACGACGCCUCCACCUUCAGAAGGGUCGAUGACGACGUCGUCGUCUACGUCGUCAUCGCCAGCUAGUGGUGCGAAGAAGGUUUCGGACUCGAGGCUUUCUGCGCGCGGGCUUGCGCAGGUAUUGAACCUGGACUCACCAGCCGAGGCAUUGUGCCGGGAGAAGUUCAUACUGGACAUUUUUGAGAAGGAGCUGCACUAUCCGUUGGGGUACAAGACUUGGGUGCGAGGCACGACAAAGGAAUAUAGAGCCAAGAUAUUGUACCAGCUGCAUGAGCGGGUGAAGGUGAAGUAUCCGGAGUAUGACGAGAAGGUGCUUGAGACGAUAAUCAGGCGGGCUACGUAUUAUAUGAUGCAGUCGAGGUUGAGGCGAGAGCGUCGGGCCAAGGCCAAGGCGAACAAGCAGCAGCAGCAGCAGCAGCAGCAGCAGCAGCGGGGCAAAGCAAGUUCCAAAAAUAAAGCUGUGGUCGUCCAGCAGUCACACUCUGAACCAGAACCAGAAUCCGUUCCAGACGUUACCGCUGUUUCAAACUCUGAUUUGUUCAUCGCAGGAGAAGCGUUUCUCUCCGGGGACUCGUUCCUCAUGUAA